UUUGAGUUACAAGGGAUGUCUAUCUUGAUGAAACAAGGGAGUGGUCCAAUAAUAGUUGGAAUUGGUUAUGAUGGUGGAAAGGUUUCUUUAUAUGAGAAGAGGGGUCCAUGUGUGGGUGGUGGAGAAGUGGGGACUACCAUCUCUAGCUACCACCUGAUUGAUGUUCACGGACUUCACUCUGCAGAAACCACCACAGAGUGGCCUCCUCAUUCU